UUGUUGUCUUCACUGAUGCCUAACUCCAAUGAGCAGUCGCAUUUUGGUGGCUCUCCAAGCCAGCGUGGUCCUGAAUGGAUUGAAGAACAGCAAACCAGGACCGUAACAUCAACUCGCUGCCACCACUGUGGCACAGUUGCAGGGCAAAGCAGUUCUUUGACACUGGGGGAGGGAUAUGAUGGAUUGUCGUUUCACCGUUGCCCAGUUCUUGGGCAAAAACAGGAUCAAGGAUUUCAGCCCUCCCUUCACAGGCAGUUACUUCAAGACCAGCACGGGCAGCGGUUACUGAGGAACAACUCUGUGCCUGAACUCAACAGCAGCCUCUAUCUCAAACAGGUGAUGGCAGGCAGAGGCUCUAUACUUCCCCAAGAAUACUAUCAGACUGUAACUGCCUUAUCUGGUCAGCCGUCUGAAGACCCUGGAUUUUAUCGAAAUAACCACCACCUGCUAAGCCAAUCUGCUUCAUGCUUUGAGCCGAGCACUGUUCAAAUGAGGUCUACCUGGGAUCAAGGAAGGGUUACACCAUCUACGUUGGCCUCUUUUUCUGCUCUUACUUCUGUGCCUCCUCCCCCUCCUCCUCCACUCCCACCUCCUCCCCCGUCUGUUCAUGAGCUUAGCCGUGUGUACAGGGAAUCUCUGGGAUCUAAGCUGAUACCGGGAUCCAAGCAUAUUGGUGGGAGCAUUUUCUCUCCUUCAGUGCACAGGGUUGAGCCCCCUCUUUCCCUUUACGCGGCUGAGACACCAUCGCUCUCUACUCGACAAGCUUAUAACGCUAUCAAUAGCCUGUCAUUGGAUACUUACCAGUCAGCUGCCACCACUUCAUUGGUGGACCCAGCUUCUCAGGGAAUGGACACAGCUCCGCCACGAGCUUAUGGAGCCAUAGGCUCCCAGAGGCUGCCCUAUGAUGCAAACUAUGUUUCCAGCUCAGCCAUGGCAGCUGCCACAGCUGAUAUGACCUCCAGCAUUCCUCUUGAACACCCUAGUGGUGCAGAUCCGAAGAAGAUGGUGGACCCAGCAUUUUUGGCUUUCCUUCGAGCUGAGGGUUUGGCUGAGAGCACUAUCACUCUCCUCCUGCAACAUGGGUUUGACACCAGUGUCAUGGUGGGGAUGAUGGAGGACCAUGAUAUCUGCUCUGUUGCCCCUAACUUGGCUCAGGCUCGUGUUCUGUCUCGUGUAGUGCUCAGUUGUAAAGCAAAUGGGACAACUAUGCGACCUCGAUCCACCAGCUUCAGCCAUCGCAGUGAUCUGUACACACAACCCCAAGCUUUGAGCAUGGAUCCCAGCCUGAUGCAACAACCCCACACGACCAUGCAAACUGUUUCCCCAAGGAUUGGUGAGUUCCUUGGUAGAAGACCCAGCAGUGCCCCAGCCCAACAUCUCCUAGAGACCACCACCUACCCAGGACCCCGGCCUUUUGCAACAGGAACUUCUCCAGUCAGCCCUGCAGCAUAUAACAGCACUGUGACUCAGGGAAGACCCUACAUGAUGUACAAUGCCCACACCGGCCUUGCUAUGCCUCCUCUUGGACAGCAGCCUCCAGCAGCCCCAGCCAGCCCUGGAGGAGCACCCAAAACUUACUCUGGCACUUACUCCCCCAUUGAGCUGAUGAAGAGGGCCACCAACCUUCCCCCUGCAUCACCAAUAGCAGCACCGAGCCCUCUUCACAGCCCCCAACUUCUCCGGAAAGGGAUUAGUGCUGCUCCUGAGAGUACUAUUACUCCAACUUCAUCUGCUCUUCAAGCACAGAGUCUUAACAACACCAAGAUGGUAGGACGUCGCACUGGUCCACCUGUCAUUGUCUCAACCAUGGCCACAACACCAGACACAAGUAUUCGGCCCCAAAUCAUGAACGGGCCAAUGCAUCCGCGCCCCCUGGUGGCAUUGCUGGACGGGCGCGACUGCACCGUGGAGAUGCCCAUCUUAAAGGACCUGGCAACAGUCGCCUUCUGCGACGCACAGUCCACACAGGAGAUCCACGAGAAGGUGUUAAAUGAAGCAGUGGGAGCGAUGAUGUACCACACCAUCACCCUGACCAGAGAGGACCUGGAAAAGUUCAAAGCUCUGCGCAUCAUCAUCCGCAUUGGGAGCGGAUAUGACAACAUUGACAUCAAGGCUGCUGGAGAGCUGGGCAUCGCCGUGUGUAACAUUCCCUCGGCAGCUGUGGAGGAGACAGCGGACUCCACCCUGUGCCACAUCCUCAACCUGUACCGGCGAAACACCUGGCUCUACCAGGCUCUCCGGGAGGGCACGCGGGUCCAGAGCGUGGAGCAGAUCCGCGAGGUGGCAUCCGGCGCCGCCCGUAUUCGCGGCGAAACCUUAGGGCUCAUCGGCUUCGGGCGGUCAGGCCAGGCGGUGGCGGUGCGGGCCAAGGUGUUUGGAUUCAACGUCAUCUUCUAUGACCCCUACCUGCAGGACGGCCUGGAGCGCUCGCUGGGCGUGCAGCGCGUCUACACCCUGCAGGACCUGCUGUACCAGAGCGACUGUGUGUCUCUGCACUGCAACCUGAACGAACACAACCACCACCUCAUCAACGACUUCACCAUCAAACAGAUGCGUCAGGGUGCGUUCCUGGUCAACACGGCCCGGGGAGGACUGGUGGACGAGAAGGCCUUGGCCCAGGCCCUGAAGGAGGGCAGGAUACGUGGAGCCGCUUUGGACGUCCACGAGACGGAGCCGUUCAGUUUUGCCCAGGGCCCACUGAAGGACGUGCCAAACUUGAUCUGCACUCCACAUACCGCCUGGUACAGCGAGCAGGCCUCUCUGGAAAUGAGGGAGGCCGCUGCCACAGAGAUCCGAAGAGCCAUCACCGGCCGCAUCCCAGACAGCCUGCGAAACUGUGUCAACAAGGAAUUCUUUAUCACCACCGCACCGUGGGCAGUUAUGGAUCAACCAGGCGUUCACCCUGAACUCAAUGGGGCCACCUACAGAUACCCACCAGGCGUGGUUGGCGUGGCACCAGGUGGAAUCCCAGGGGCGUUAGAGGGCAUGGUGCCAGGCGGGGUGCCCAUCGCCCACACCCUGCCCUCUGGUACGCACCCCUCCCAGGCCCCGUCGCCCAACCAGCCCUCCAAACACGGCGAGACCAGAGAGCACCUCACAGAGCAAUAGCAGCAGCAUGGCAACAUCUCACCCGGCCCGUCAAACUCAAAGCAACCGGGACCAAGAGACAGUCAAGCACGCGUGGCUGCCUGUAAAACUCAGUCAGCAACUGGGAACAAGUGAAGCGUUCUGGGGAAUUUGUACUUUUAUGGUUUUUGUUUUUACUCUCUCCAACUACAGUACUGACUUCUUUGAUGUUUUUUGGGUGGGGUGGGGUAGGGGAGGUGGAGGCACACAUUGGAAGCACUCUGGGCUGAUCGCGCUCACUGGCCACGCGUCUGCCCUCUUUCCGCCCCUCCUCAACUCACAGGAAAGGUAGGCCCACAUCUGAAGACACCAACAGGAAAAGAACAGAAGAACUCUGACACUAUGCGAUACUGGACCUGAUCCCCCCGUAACAGUUUGCCGUUUCGCCACCUUUGUCCAAUAUGUAAUAAGCUUGAGAAGAAACAUUUUCUUUUGUUCUUCAGUGUGAAUGAUUAAAAAAAAAAAGGAGUAUCAGCUUAUAUAUAUAAAAUAUAUAUUUAUCAUUUUAAACAAGGAAAAGAUGGCUCAUCACUUUGAAGAACAACCAUUUCCUGAAAGCCAUGUCACCCCAGUUACAAGUGUUCACCACUAGAGGGCAUGCACACGGGCAUUUAUUAUGCAGCGGAAUGUGGCUCAUUUCCACUCAACCUUAAACACACUA